AUGCCACCCAGCGUAGAUGAUUAUGGCGAGGCUUCUGUUGAACUAGAAUGCAGCACUAAUAAUGAUAACAGAACAGCGAAACCUAUUAUCAUCACCUCCGCAAACUCACAAGGCAUGAAGCGACGAGUCUCCUUCAGCGAUAAAACUGACAUACGGCACAUUGAAAGCACAAAGUCAAUAUCCAAAAAAGAGAGGAAAACAAGGUGGAUGAUGGGCAAAGAUUUCUUGCGCAUAAAAGAAGAUUGCGACAAUGAAAUGAUGCGAAUCUUCAACUCUCAGAAACCUUGCAUGCGAACGGAUCUUCGAGGUCUAGAGUUGUUUGAUCCUGAAUCGAUUUGCCGCAGUCGGUCCAAGCACCGCAAGGUUGUCAAUGCCGUCAUUCGUAUGCAAGACAAACAAAGUGAUAAAGGAGGAGUCAAUCCAGAAAGUAUUCGAGAAAUGUACUGCUAUCUGGUUCAAGACAGCCAAGACGAUGCACGUGCCAUUGCUUGGAUUGAUCGGGAAGUGGUGGAAGAUUAUAUGGCCACUACCAUGACCGAAUUCGAAAAAGUACAACAGAGGAAUCAGCGAAUGUCACAACUAAAGGCAGGCUCCUCAAACAAAUCGAAAGGCACCAAACCUGCAUUGAGGCAUCGAUUACUCAAGUCCUUCCGAAUGCCCAAGAAGGUGCCGAGCAAUUGA